AUGUCCACAGAUCCCAAGUUCGACGACCUCCACAAGGCCCUCUUCGAAGAGGGUCUCAAGGUCCGCCGCGCCGUUGUCGGGUCAGCCUACGUCGAUAGAGCUCUGGAGAACGGGUCAACCGAAUUUUCUCGACCAGGUCAAGAACACAUCACCGAAUGGGCCUGGGGCAACGUUUGGACUAGGCCAGGUCUAGAACGGAGAGAUCGCAGUCUUCUCAAUAUCGGCAUGUUGAUGGCCCUGGGCCGUGGACCAGAACUAGCUGUUCACAUUCGGGGAGCUCGCAAUAAUGGUUUGAGUGAGCUGGAGAUUCGUGAGGCUAUCAUACACGCUACUGUCUACUGUGGUGCUCCGGCUGGUGUGGAUGCUAUGAAAGUUGCGGAGAAAGUAUUGGAUGAGAUGGCAGAGAAUGGGGAAAUGCCGCGUGAAUUAGGUUCCAAGGCGACUAAGUGA